UAGGCGGUCGUCGUAGACGUAACCACCACGUGCUACUUCGGCUGCUAAACACAACACUACAGACACACAGCUAAAUUAUAUCACUUUACACAUUCAUUUUCUUUUUUGCACAAAAAAAGGGUUGGGGGUUAAAGGUGCAAGAAAAAAAUCACCUGCACGCUUUUUUAUAAAACAGAAAAGGAAACCUUUUUGCAAAGUGAAUACAAAAGCACAAAAAAAACGAAAACUUUUUUUAAGUUUGCAAAAGUUGCACAUUUCUUGUCAUACAAUAAAAAUAAAACAAGACACAAAGAACAGUGGAAAGUAAAUUGUGAAAAUAUAGAGUGAAAGUUUUUUCUUGAUAGUUUGUGCUUUCGUUCAUUGUGGGUGGAAAAGGGUGGUUGGAAAAAUAACCCUUUGAGUAGGAGAUUUGCCGCCGGAGCAGUUCAUUUGAGUUCCAUUGCAAAAGUGAGUGUGUUUCAUUUUAUGAUUUUUUUCUCAGCUAUUAUAACUGUGAGGAUUUUCCAACAAAAAAACUCCCCAUUAACACCCCCUCUGCAAUUGCGAGGUGUUUCCACCUUGGGGCGCCCUCUCCGGUGCUCAAGGCAGCUUUUCUCACCGCGUACUCUUUUUUACCCGCUGCUGGCUGCUGCUGGAGUGGGAGAGAGCUUUCGCAUAUAUACACAAAAGUUACGCAGUUGGGAAAAUUCGCAGUCACUUAUCAUCAUUAGCUGUGUGUGGACCAGGAAAAAAAGACAGAGGAAAAGAGAGAGAAAAGCGACGUUUUUUUCUUGCUUUUUAACCCACCCCAUUAUUUGUCUUUCCUCCCGAAGUGUCUCACAAUUUUCAACUCUGUUUCCCCGCAAAAUCCCAUCACCAACCUCAUGCUUUUGAGCUUUUCUUUUCUCCAGCGCCCACCCAAAACCAUUUUCUAUCCGGAAAAUCGGUUUAUUUUAGUGUUUGUUUUUUUUUUUUCAUCCGUCCGGUGAGGACACGGAAAGGAUUUUCCACAAGAAGCACACCUCUUGAUUGAACCGAAAAAGAAAGUAAGAUGAGCUUUACGUUUAAAUGGCUAGUCUGGGAAUUCAGUUUUACAUUUUACAGUUUGAAAAUUCCUUUAAUCUAAAUAUUAUUUUAUUUUGUAACUACCUAUAGACUGAAGUUCCUUUAUGAAAGAUAGUUUAAAAAAUCUUUAAAGUGACCUUUAAAAAUCCUUUAGCACCUUCUUGGCUUAAAAUUAGGGGAACUCAUAAAUAACUCAAGGAAAGUCUAUAAAUUGAAUUCUCUUCCCGAGAACUAUAAAAUGUUAUUCAAUAGAAAUCAUAAUUCGAAAAAUUUUCAAUAGUUUUCUCACUACACAGCUUGGGCAUACAUAUAAAAAAUCUUUUAAAAUGGAUACUAUUGAUUUUUUUUAUUAUAAAAGCAACAAAGUCUCUUUGGUAAAGAAACAAAUUGCCUAAAAUACUUCGCAUCUUCCUCAAAACAAAAAAAAAUUUUUAGGUCCCAUCCUUUCGGCUUCAAGGUGAGAUGAGAAUCUUUUAGCUGGAUUUUUUUAAACGAAAUCCCAACAUUGCGUAAUUUAAAUUGGAGCACAAUUCUUGCACGAGCCAAAAAUAUCCACAAGAAAAAAAACUUUUCCACUCAACGAAAAGAAAAAUCCUUGACAAGCGUAGGCAAAGGAGGGAAGCCUGUGUGUCCCUGUUCAAAUAUUUUUGUCUGUCGCCAGAGAAUUGAGUUUUGGGUUCAGGGGGGAUUUAUUUAUCUUUCUUAAUCCUUUCCUCAUCGCAACUUGAUUGUCUCGAGAGAUAUGUAGCACCAUGUUUCGUGGAACUUGGUACACCCCAUCCGCGUUGUUACUGCUUUCCUUUUUAAUUAGAAAACUGUGUGAAUUUGCGUGACUUCGUGUGCUUCCAAUAAAAAGCCACCACCCCCAAUCGUCAAGUAUUUAAUGUGAUUCAUUGGAAAUCCCAUACAUUUUUUUCCUCCGCAUUAUUGCUCAAUAAGUGGCGCGGAAGGAAAAAUUAUUAAAAGCCCGUCAGAUGGUCAGUCGUUGUUGUUUCUCUCGUGAAAGCAGGAGUGAUUUGUGUGGUGUAGAAAAAAAGAGCAGCAGCAGAAAAAAAGGAAAAAAUAGAACACUCUUUUUGUCAUCAACUACACAUAGAACAUCUCAAUUAAUCCCUUUGGCCAUUUCAUCGUUGGACCAUUUACCAACAAUAAAUAUUGAAGGAGUGUGGGGGCAACCUCUGUCACAUCCACUUGUCACCGAGAAUGGCAUCCACAGCUCUGAGUAAUCACACGAGCAACUUCAUCGCAUCACCAUCACCUGAGGGUAUCGAUAAAACCACAAUCAGCUCAUUUGAUGAUUUUGCCAAGAGUCGCAGCAGAUCCACACGCGCUGCCAGCCUAGCUUUGCCCAACAGCUCCAAUCUUCUGGAUCUCCUGGACACGGAGCACACACAAUACCUCACUCCCAUCAGUCUCUCACCCCCAUCCAUAAGGCGACACUCAACACACCACUACCCAAACGUGGAUGCCGCCAUUGAAGACGAAGUUAGUUCUGCGGUGAAUCAAAAAAUUCUGCCUCUAGUUCCACCACCAGUGCCCAAGAGAACAUUUAAGGGUAGAAUAGGGUCAAACCAGUCAUCGGAUAAGGGUUCUGUGGACUUUUUUAAGAUGCAACCAAGUCAAGAGACGUCAAAUGGGCUGGACAAUGAGGAUCGCCUGAGUAUUGAUUCGUCAUCGUCGGUUUUCGAGGAGAACGGCAUUGGGGGCCCGGAUUUUAUUCCCUUUGACGAGACAAAGCACUUCUUCCACAGCUCCAAUCGCUCCUCGUCGGAUUCCAAUAAGAGUCAAACCACCAUUGACACAGGGUACAUGUCCUCAGCGACACAUCAAUCCUUCCGGAGUCGCUUCUCAUCCGAGGACACCCAAUCGUCGAUCGAUAGCUACAUGUCGGGUGAAAUGAUGCGCUCCGAGGGAUUCCCAUCGCCCCCACCUUCCGACCUUAGCAAUCGCAUCUUCAAUCGCCUGGCAGACAAGGAUACAGCAAGUGGGCGGUACACCAAGAAUGUCGUCAAGGAGAAUUGUCGAAGGCAACUUCCGGCAGUACCGCAGAGACGGCAUCAGAACAGUGUGCCACCCAAACUUCCGCCACCCACUAGUGCGGCACGGACACGGGGUACCCCACCGGCACCACCACUACGCUCCCAGGCAUCUCUCGAUUCGGCAAAGUUGCUUCACAAUAGCCAAGUGUUGGGUAUGCGAAAGGGACUCAAUAAGCCACCACCAUUGGCAAAAAUCACCACACGGCAGGAUUCCAGCAUCAGCAGCGAUAGCUUCUCCGUCACCUCAAGUCCAGGGUACAAUGCCAAGAGCAUGGAGACACCGCUGCUGCAUCAUACAGCCAAAAUGGGUCGCUCAACAACUGUAAAGGUGCCUCAGGAUACCACAACAGACGGCUUAAGUAUGACCACGCGCCAUCCAAAGCCUAUAAAUGUUCGACAAGAUUCAAACAUUUCCAGCGAUAGCUUUAGUCAAACCUCCAGCCCGGGGUAUUCGUCGAAACUCCUCGAUACACCCCUCUUGACAAACCACAAGCUCAAUACAUUGAAGCAAAACUUCAAAGGUGCUGAUGAGAUCCUCCACGAAGGUGGUGGUACCUCAGAAAACAAUCCCAGCUCACCAAUUACAAAGAGUGCGUCGACCCCGGCAAGUCUACAGACAAUUGUACGCUUCCAAAAUGGCUCGAACAUGUCCCUCCAGCAUAAGAUUAUUAACAGGAGAAAGAAUUCCGCCCCAUACAUCCUGAGGAUGGGUCCAUUGAAAUUUCGUCUACUCCAGAUAGUCGCCAAUGCCGUGAUAUUGAUGGUAUUAGCCGGUAUAUUUGCUGCAUAUUUAAAGGCAAAUCCCACAGUUCAGUUCAUCAACAAGACCAUCAUUACGCCAACGAGGACGGAAAUGGUGUACGCAUCUGAGGAGACGUCCCUGAGUUUGGUGGGUGGGAAAAAUCCCGCGCCCGGAGUUUGCUUGCCUGUCAUCGUGAAAUUCUGCCAGAACCACCAGCUUCCCUACAAUUUCACCGUCUUCCCCAAUUACAUUGGACACUUUGGACAGCCCGAGGCGCAAGUUGAAUUGGAUGCCUACGAUGCCCUUGUCGAUGUUAGAUGCUACGAGCUCGUGUCCCUGCUGCUUUGCUCGCUCUUUGUGCCAAAAUGUAGCUCAACGGGGACAACUGUGCCACCCUGUAGGAGUCUCUGUACCGAAACAAUGCGACGCUGUGGCUUCUUUUUCGAAGUGUUCAGCCUGGAGUUGCCGGAAUACAUCAAAUGUCACCUCUUUACGGAAUCCUCCAAUCCGGAUGAGUGUGUUGGCUCCCGGGAGGUGCAGGAGGCAAAAGUUCGCGCCCUUACACCCUCUUGUUCGGGUUUUAUGUGCGACAAAAGACGCUGUAUCCCAUCUGAGUGGAAGUGCGAUGGACACGUUGACUGUAGUGACCAGACGGAUGAAUCGGAUUGCCCUCAUUGCCCCAAAGGAACUAUCUACUGCGGGAAAAAUAAGUGCAUGAGCCAAAAGCACGUAUGCGAUGGAAUUCACGAUUGCCCAUAUGGUCAGGAUGAGAGGAAUUGCAUUCGUCUUAGCGAGAGGAAUGGUGACUUGGGACGAGGAACUUUGGAAGUCUACAGGGCUAAUGUGAAGAAAUGGGCACCAGCUUGCAUCUCCAAUUGGGAUCCAUCCACCUCCCCAACGACUGUUUGCAGCAUCCUUGGGUAUAGUUCAGUCAAUAGUAGUCGCCUCAAGAUGAUUGGUACGAAUAUCACAAUGGUAACACCGACAAAGGAUACACCGGCAAUGUGGAGGAUGUACCAGAAGCGUCAGACGAAUCUCAUGAAGGAAUUCACAAAUUGCCCCACCUCAAUGUAUCCCGUCGUUGAGCUAACGUGCUCCAACUUCGAAUGCGGCAAAGUGAGGAAAAGACGAAAUCUCAGCCCAAAGACACGUAUUGUGGGUGGAACACAGAGUUCACCGGGCGAUUGGCCCUUCCUGGCGGCAAUUCUCGGUGGCCCAGAGGAGAUUUUCUACUGUGCUGGCGUCCUGAUUUCCGAUCAAUGGGUCCUCACAGCUUCACACUGUGUUGGAAACAUCACAAACCGCAAGAUAAAUGACUGGACCAUUCAGCUGGGCAUGACACGACGCCACAGCCACACCUACUAUGGGCAAAAGGUGAAAAUCCGCCGAGUUAUCCCUCAUCCACUCUACAAUUCAUUCGUGGCACACGACAAUGACAUUGCCCUAUUCCAGCUAAGUACACGCGUGGCUUUCCAUGAGCACCUUCUGCCUGUUUGCCUACCACCACCGCUGAAGGAAAUUAAACCAGGAACAAAUUGCACGGUGAUCGGGUGGGGAAAGAAGGAAGACAAGAGUACUCAAGAAUAUGGAGCUGCAUCAUCCUUUUUCUCUUCAUACGAACCAUCAGUCAAUCAGGUGACGGUACCAAUAAUAAAUCGCGAUGUAUGCAACGAAUGGCUGGAGAUGCUGAAUGUCACCGAAGGGAUGAUCUGUGCUGGCUACGAGCACGGUGGGAAGGAUGCGUGUCAAGGAGACAGUGGUGGCCCUUUGCUGUGUCAGAAUCCCAACGACAAAGAUCGCUGGUAUGUGGGUGGAAUUGUUUCCUGGGGCAUUAUGUGUGCCCACCCAAAACUUCCUGGUGUCUACGCAAAUGUUCCCCGCUACAUUCCAUGGAUUAUGCAGCAAAUUCACAAAUAUUCAUCUGGUUCCUACUUCACUUAGAAUUCAAAGUACCCCCCACUACUACAUCCCCCCAAACCCCAUCACUGACGACACAUUCAAGAAAGGAUCAAACAACAAGAAAAAAUCCCCAAUCCACCGCUAAACAUAUCCUUUCAACUAAAUAUCAUAUUUUUCUAUUCAAGAUGACGACAGGGAGGUAUAAGAAUCCACAUAGAAUUGCUUGGAAUUUCUAAUUAAUUCUCUUUUUAUCAUGGAAGAGACUUUUGAAUGAAGGUGCACUGAUAAAAGACGCAGGAUUUUUUAUAAAGUGAAAAAGAUUUAUCAAAAAAAAAGUUAUAGGACAUAAUUUAAUUUGAUACGAGAAAAGAUUGAUUAAGAAGAAAUAUCAUGAAACUUGGACAAUAAUGAAAAAUUUUUCGUAGAGAUGAGAAGAGAGUUGUUUUUUUCUCCCAAGAUAGAGGAUAAUACACUUAUGUGUCCUUGAUGUCAGACAAUACAAUUUAAAAAAAAAUGUAAUAUUAUAUAUUGAUGAAGGAGGAUGUAAAAUAUACAUAUAGAUGAGAGUUUUAGGAUAAAGAAAUUAUCACUGUUUAUUAGUUGUAAUGAAAAAGAAAAGAAAUGUAAUGUUUAAAACAAAGCCUCUGCAUUCUCACAGAAUGACUAAAUGUUGAAAGAAUUAUUCCAAAUAAAAGAACAAUAAAUCAUUGACACUAUAUUAGACAGUUAAGGACAAAAAAAAAGAUGCUUCUUAUGACAUAGAAUCAUAAAAUAUAUCUAAUGAUAUUCUUGCUAUCAAGUAAGUUUUUAAGUGAUUAAUUAAUCAUUGUUGGAACGUUUUACUUGACAAUUUUAUUUUAUUUGGUUUAUCCGUUGGACGCUUAUUGCUCGAAAAAUUAAUCCCAACAAUCAGAUAAAGAUUAAUUAGAGGUGAUUGCAUUGUGUGAUUGCUAGCAUUCCACUGCAGUAGGAAUGAGCUUAAUGUGGUAAAGUUUACAAAAUUACACUACCAUUAAAAAGUUCAGCGAAUAGAGCGAAAAUUGAGCAUUUUUUAAAAGCUGCGGUGAAACAAUUUUUAUAAAUCCGCCAAUUUUGAAAAAGGAACAUUUUCCUUUUUUUCUAAACUAGCAGAAUUUAAAAAAAAGCAUCAGUUGAUUACCAAGGGGUGUUUUUCUUAACGAAAAUCUUUGAAUUAUUCGUCAAGAUUCGGAUUAUUUGUUAAGAAGAUUCGAUUUAUUCCUUAAGAAAUUUCAAAUCGUAUUAUUUAAAAGAAUAUUCCAAUUAUUCCUCAAGAAGUCUCAAAUCGGACUAUUUUUUAAGAAGAUUCUGACUAUCCGUCGAGAUUUUUACUACACAUAUUCGUCAAGAUUCGAAUUAUUUGUCUGGAUUCGGAUUAUUUGUUACGAAGCUUCCAAUUAUUCGUUAAGAAGUUUCAGACUUUUCGUUAAAAUUCUGAUUUUUCUUCAAGAAGAUUUGAAGUCUUUGUCAAGAUUCAGAUUAUUAGUCUAGAAGAUAAGAAUUAUUAUUAUUAUAUUCGUCAAGAUUCAGAUUAAUUUGUUCCGUGAAAAAUUCUUAAUUUUUCAUCCAUCCGGAAAAUUUUUUAUGGCAGUGUAAAUUGUUCUUUUAUUAUUAUUUAGAUUCUAUUAUUGACAAUACCAAAUAUACAAAAAUUAGCUGAUUAUAAAUUGAAAGAAUCACAAUCAAAACUCUGAUUAACUAAAAAGAAAUUCUGAAUCAGCAUUGAAUGAGGAAAUGUUAGUUUCUAUAUUAAUAAAUCAUCACUACGAUUAUGUUCUUGUCAAAUAAAUGGCGUUGAUCAUUCUCAGACCAGCUCAUCAUUUAUAAAAAAAAAACAUAAUUUUUAAAUGAAAAAUACUCAAAAAGAAACCUUUUAAUCAAUGAAAAUGAAGCUUUCAGUUGAACAUUUUUUGCAAAAAAAAAACACAUAAUAUAUACACUUUUGUGUAGAGAAGUUGACAAUAAGGAGAUGAAAUAUAAAAAAAAUGUAUAGUCGUUCAAAUAAGAGGAAAAAAUAUUUCAAUUUUAACGUGGUAACCAUAAGCUUCCCAUCAAAUAUGCGAGGGUCUCAGCUUUAAUUAAGAAUUAGUCAAAUUACUAAUGAUGAAGUUUCCAAUGAAAAGAUAACCAAAGAAAACAAAAACUCUCAAGUAAAAAGAAAAAUUGUGAAAAACCGGAAACUUCAUCGGAAAAGUAAAUUAUUUAAGUAAAAGAAAAAAAUCAUUUAAGAUAAAAUAAAAAUUAGAUGUUUAUUGAAAAAAAAAGAAAAGAAAAUAUCCUCUAAAAAGAAUAAUCAAUUAUAUUAAAGAAAAAAUGGUAAUUUCUAUAGAUCAUGCUUUUUUACAAAAGAAAAAAAAAUGGAAUUAUGUACACACAAUGAAAUCAAAAAAUUAAAUUAUACUUCCUCAAUUACUAAAAUGAGUCAUUACAUAGAUUGAAAAUGAAGAAAAAAUAUAUUGGUGAGGAGAAGUUAAAAUUACGCACAGAAUUGAAACUUAUAGAGAUUAAAGAAGAAGAAGAAGAAAAUGAUAAAUUAACUCCACACCUGUGGGGUGCAAAACGGAGGAUAUUUUACUAAGAAAUGCUUCAAAUCAAAUGUGCUUUUAGAGAAAUUUACCAUACAGAAUACACUUUAAAAGAAAACCUAUGACAAUACCAUUUUAAUGUUAAUUGAAGAUGAAAAAAAUAUUCUAAAGUUGCAAAGAAAAGUUAUUUUACUUUUUAAAAAUAAAAAUUACAAAAAAUAGCGAGAUGAAGGAGGAAAAUAUUUACUAUUCCCAAGUAUACACCCUAAAUGCUAGAAAUUGAUAGAGAAAAAAAAAGUAAACCUUAUAUACACACAGUAUAGAUGUUUGUGGGAGAAAGAGAAUCCUAUAUAGUGAACAAUUAAAUAUACACUUGUAUUGAAUUUUACUAAGAAAAAAAAAACAUUAAAACUUUAUAGAGGCCGAAUUUAAAAAAAUAGAAAUGUUUGAAAAAGAAAAAGAAGAAAAUGUGUAAAUUGGAAAGUAAAUAAAGGGCCUAAUAGACUCCCAAUUAUUUUUACCUUUAAGAACACUAAAAAAAAACUAAAAAUAAAUGUGAUGCUUAAUGGAAAAAAAACAUAAUGUUACUAAAGGCAAAACUUUAAAUUUUUUAACCUAAUUUUUGUACCAAAAAAAAACAAAUUAAAUUAAACCUACAAUUUCCUAAUUAAUUCCUCACUUAUAGAAAAAGAAAAAAAAAUCUACUAUUUCAUAAGAUUACGUAAAUUCCAAUGUGAAUUAGUCGUUAACUAAGGAAAGUAAAUGAAAAAAAAUGAAGAAAUGUAGAAGAUAUUUUAAAUAACAAAAAAAAAAGCUUGACAAAAAAAUGUAAAACACAGAAUAUCAAUUUCAGCUGAUGAGUACUUAUGGUUAAGAAGUAGACACACAAACUCAUUAAGAAAAUUAGAAAUAUACAAAAAUUAAAUAUUAUUGAGAAAAAUUUUAGAUGAUUUUACUCAAAAAAAAAAGUUGUAUAAAAUUGAUAAAAAUUAAAAAAAAAUAGGCUGAUUAAAAUCAGAAAAAUGUCCUCACUCUUCAAACAAUGAUUAUUUUGUUUUUGAAAAAAAAAAAUUUUUUAACAAUUGCUUUUUUUUUUUUUUCAACAUAAAAUUAAGACUUUUAUUUUGAAAAUAAAUACUGGAAAGGAUAGUCAUUAAAAAAUAGAAUCUUUAAAGAGAAAGAAUAAUUUUUUUAUGGUUUCAGUGACUGCGAUAAUUAUUUUGAAGAAAAUAAAUCCUCCAUCAUAAGAAAAAAAACUAUAUAUUUGUGGACAAAAAAAUCCAGAGUUUCAGAGACAUGAUCUUAUUGAGAAAAAAAAUAUAUAAAAAAAUGAAAUAGAUUUUAGCCACAGAAGAGAGAAAAUAUUUUGGUGUUUAUAAAAUCAAUGUUGACUAAUAAACGGUGUGAAAUGGCAAAA